AUGGGGCUCCUUCCCCCCAUGCUGGUCUUUUGCCUGCUGGCUGGCGCUUCCUCCAUGGAUAACGGGCUGCUGAGAACGCCACCGAUGGGCUGGGUGCCAUGGGAACACUUCCGAUGCAACACGGACUGCCAGAAGGACCCUGACGAUUGCAUCAGCGAACGCUUGAUCAAGGCGAUGGCAGACCGGUUGGCCGAAGAUGGCUGGAAAGAGCUCGGGUACAACUACGUGAACCUGGACGACUGCUGGGCGGCCAAAGAAAGGGACUCUCUGGGCAGGCUCCAGGCCAAUGCGUCGAGGUUUCCCAGCGGCAUUAAAGCGCUGGCGGAUUACGUCCAUUCCAAAGGCCUGAAGUUCGGCAUCUACAGUGACCUGGGCAACCUCACCUGCGAGGGCUACCCGGGGACCACGCUGGACGACAUCGAGACGGACGCCAGGACCUUUGCGGAGUGGGGCGUGGACAUGCUGAAGCUGGACGGCUGCUUCUCCAACUCCUCGGCCAAGGCCGCCGGCUACCCAAAGAUGAGCGCGGCCUUGAACAAAACAGGACGGCCGAUUGUCUACUCCUGCAGCUGGCCUGCCUACGAAGGAGGCCUGCCCCCAGAGGUGAAUUAUACUUUACUCGGCCAGAUCUGCAACCUGUGGAGGAAUUUUGCUGACAUCGAAGACUCCUGGGAAAGUCUUUCUCGCGUCAUUGAGUGGUACGGGGACCAUCAAGACACGCUGCAGCCUGCUGCCGGCCCAGGAAGGUGGAAUGAUCCCGACAUGCUGCUGGCGGGCAACUCCGGUCUGAGCUUCGAGCAGGCGAAAGCGCAGCUGGCGCUGUGGGCGAUCCUGGCGGCCCCGCUCUUCAUGUCCUGCAACCUGGGGACCAUCUCGGCCGAGGCCAGGGACCUCCUGCGCAACCCGCUGCUGAUCUACAUCGACCAGGACCCGCUGGGAAUUCCGGGCAGGCGGAUUGCGAAGAGCGGCCAGUUUGAAGUGUGGAAGAGAGCCCUCAACGGCCACCAGUACGGGGUCGCGGUCCUGAACAGGGGCACGGGCGGGGCGCCCACGCCUUUCGUGACCAGCUUGGACUUGCUGGGCAUCCUGGACUGCGAGAAGGGCUACAAGAUCUACGACGUGCUGGACCGGUCCUUCGUGGGGGGCUAUGGGCUCAAUGCCACGCUCUCCUUCACGGUAGCCCCGACCGGGGUGGUGCUCCUCUUCCUCCGGCCGCUGUGCUGAUCCUUCCUUGGCCCCCGAGGAGCUCUGCUGGUGCCGGGAAGUCUGGCAGUCGACGUUCCAAGAACCGUGACCCCCACUCCUGCCUGGGAUGUUUCAGGGCGACUUGGGGCGUCCCACAG